AUGGAUCUCAAGGCCCUUUCUCUAGAUGGAAAUGGCCUGACUGGUAUGCUAGACAUUUUCAAGGUACAAAAUCUGACCCUUCUCCAUCUAGGUGAUAACAAACUGGAAGUGAUCACUGAGUCCAAAACUAUAGAUGCAAUUGUACUUCCAAUGUAUAGGACACUAGAUUUGGCAUCCUGUAACAUAAAAGAAUUCCCAUAUUUUAUAAGAUAUCAACAAAACUUGCAUUGGUUGGACCUUUCCAGAAAUACAUUGCAUGGUCAAGUACCCAAAUGGAUGUGGAACAUAAGCACACAGAUUUUGGAGUUCUUGGACCUUUCAGGCUUUGACCAAUUAUACCCUGUUUUCUUUCCCUGGGUUAACCUACAAGUUUUAAGACUUCAUUCUAACAUGCUAGAUGGACCAAUACCCAUACCUGCAUCAAACAUCAUAUUGUAUACAAUUCUUGACAAUAAAUUAGUUGGAGAAAUAUCACCUUUGAUUUGCAAUAUGAGUACUCUUCAGUACCUUGAUUUGUCAAAUAACAAAUUGAAUGGUGUGCUUCCAGAGUGUCUCGGAAACUUCAGUGAUGACUUAAGAGUUUUAAACCUUAGAAACAAAUCUUUUCAAGGCAUUCUUCCACAAACAUACACCAACAGAAGCAAUUUGAAAAUGAUUGAUGUUAGUGAGAACAAACUUCAAGAGUUAAAACUUCUGGCAAUGCGCCACAAUGGGUUCUAUGGUGUGAUUGGGAAAUCGAAGAAGAACCUUUGUUUCCCCGAGUUGCGCAUUCUUGAUCUGUCUCACAAUAAAUUCAGUAGCAAGUUUCCAUAUGAGUUCAUCUUUUUUGGGAAUGCUAUGAGAUGCAUAACUGUAUGCUACUCCACGUAUAUGUACACAUACUCGAAUCUUAAAGCCAGUGCUUAUGUGCAGUCUUUCAGUUAUGAGUACACAAUCACCAUAACGAAUAAAGAUGUUGAUAGAUACUACCAGAAGAUUCAAGAAGACCUCGGGGUGGUUGACAUCUCAAGCAACAAAUAUGAAGGCAACUUAACAUUGCUUGAAUCACUGGACCUUUCACAAAACAAGCUCUGUGGAGCGAUUCCUCAUCAAUUGACUCAGCUUACAUUCCUUGCUGAAUUCAAUGUUUCUCACAGCAAUCUCACAGGUCCUAUACCAGAUGGAACACAAUUUACUACAUUCGACCACACUUCAUAUGAGGAAAACACAAGGUUGUGUAGAGAUGCAUUGCCAAAGAAAUGUGGAAUCAAACCUAAGACUCCUCUACCACCAACUGCAACUUUUGAAGAAAAUGAUUUAGACUAUGGAAUUGAAUUUUACUGGAAAUUUGUUUUGGCUGGGUUUGCGAGUAGGUUGGUUGUUGGAGUGGUUCUUGCAGAUGCUGUGAUAACGAGGCAUGAGUUGUUUAUUGAGAUAGUUGCAAAAUUGAUCAAAGUAUUGAGGAAACGCCCAGAAGUUGAGUUCAAAAGGUCAUGCAUCUAUUAUUUGCCUCUUUUUCUCUCUGUGUUUUUCUUUCUUUUACCAUCUCUUAUGUCUUUCUCCAUUGUAGUCAAUGUAUGGAUAUAUAACACUGAUAUAUGGUAG